CAACAAUCUGCCGACCGACGUUCUAUUUUCGCGCACUUUGCAAGUACCCUUCAAAGUUUAUUCCUCGCUCCUACCUACCAGCCUACCCACCUCCCGCAGGGACUGGGUUUCACCUGCCCCGGGCACCUGCAACAGUUCGACUCUUGGCCCUGCUCCAGACGCAUUGUCCCAGAGUCCCAGAACCCACUCAGCCAACCCCCAAUCCCCCCCGCCAUCCACCCUGAGGGGCAAGGAUCAAGUCCUAUUCCACUAUACUUUGGUACAUCCCGCCUCUGUGCUCCGCCUAGGUAAUCUCAAUAAUUCAACCUCCACAGCUGAGGCUGGCCACUCUGUCGCCGCCGCUUCGCUCGACCUCCUCCUUCAACAACCAACGCCACGGCCCACGGUGCCUCGAUUCCUCGUCUGCUUCUCCGCUGCCGCCUUGCUGCUCGGCACUCAGCUCACCCACGACCCUGCCCACUGCCUCCUUUCCGCGAAGACAUGUGCCAGUUGCUCAUCGCUAGAUAGCCUCGAGCCAUUGGGCUUCUGGUCAACCCCUCCUCGUCCUCCGCCCAAAUCGACCCUGCGCUGCAACCAGACCCUGCGACCCCAACAGCCCCCGAGUACACGUCGGACAAGAUGAAGGCCAGCAUACCAAAAAGGCUACUCACCCUCCGGGACAAGAAUGGCAACCAUCGCCACAACAAGUCUUCCGACGGCCACAAGUCCCGUCCCCUAUCCACAGAUGCACUCUUAUCUAUGUUCAAGGGCGGCUCAGCCUCACAGAAUGGAAAUGACGAUGAGCACAAGGAGAAAGACAAGGAGAAAGAAGCCGCGAAGAUCGAUGAACUUUCGAAGCGAGUCGAGGCCCUCGAUGACCUGCACGACAUCUCCCAGGACUACCUCCGCUUCAUACUCAGGAGUAAUUAUGCGGCCGGCAACGUCGAAAAGGCUAUGGAAUUGCUGGUCCUCCAUCAGAAGUCCAUCUCUGGCACCAUACUCUCUUACAACCCCAACGUGCAAAUGCUCGGUGCUGAGAACCGCGGCAACGUCACCUGCUACCUGGACGCGCUGCUCUUUGCCAUGUUUGCAAAGCUGGAAGCCUUCGAGUGCAUGCUCAAGAACGACCCUGAAAACGAACCACAGCGCGACCUGGCAGCUUUGAUCCGCCUGUGGGUAAACAUGUUGAGGAGUGGGAAGCUCAUACACACAGACAUGACUCAAUUAAUACAGAACGCGCUGGCUGCCUGUGGUUGGAAAGAUGCAAUGUUGCUGGAACAACAAGACACAUCCGAGGCUUUCGCAUUCAUUACAGAGACCCUGCAGCUGCCCCUCCUGCCACUGCAGGUGGACCUCUUUCACCAGGGCAAAAGAGACGAUGACGACCACAAGGUCGUCUAUGAGCGCCUGUUGAAUCUGGCUGUCCCCGCUGACCCAGAAGGAAAAGGCGUCAAGCUGGAGGACUGCCUCGAAGAGUACUUUAACACCAAGGUCGAUGUCUCGCGCGACGGCAUUGAAGAGAAAGCGGGGCAAGACAGGCCUGCUCUCACACCGAAGAGCACAAUAAGGAUUGUGACAGAGGUCCCGGAGCCCGACGAGACUGGCCAUGAUGCUGGUGCUGGGAGCACCAGUGCUGGGCCCAGGCUUGGUGCCAGUGAUGGUGCUGGGGAUGCUGAGGCGGAUGCUGAGGCAGAUGCUGAAAAGGAAUCAUCAGAUAAAGUCGACAUGACGCCCUUACAGCGACGGUGGACUAGCGUCGACUCGCCGCCAUCGAAAGCCUCUGCCUCCAACCCAGACGUAACACGCCCGUCUGCUCGCACCAGAUCGACCAGCAUAAUCCAGCGGAUUGUCCUGGACGAUGAGGGCAAGCCAACGGACUCAGAGGCUGCGAGUCUGCUACAGAAGGCAAAGCGAAAAGGCGCCACGGUCGUAAAGGCAGUCACGAUCCCAGCGUGGCAGUUUUUCCGACUGAUACCUUGGCACGCCGUCGAGAACGCCGAACCCAGGACCAACACCGAUAUCAUGAUGCAUUUCAAUCAACGCCCGGUGGUGGGCAUAUGUCUGAAGAGAUAUAUGUACACCGAGGACGGGCUGGCCAAGAGGCAGAAUACCUUCAUCGACAUCCCCGACAGUCUGAGGCUCCCUCAUUUCAUGAUGGUCGACGAGGCCAAAGUGGAGGAAGACAGCCUCCUGAGCCAGGACUACAAAUUGGAACUCCAGUCCAUCGUGUGCCACCGAGGCGACUCGGUCCAUAGCGGGCACUACAUCUCGUUUGCGAGGGUCAACCCCAAGCUCCUGACGGACAACCGCCGCCAUGACAACGACCCUCCGCCGGACUACGAAGAUGCCCAGUGGGUCAAGUUCGAUGACCUGGCGCUCGAAAACAGGGUGACCUAUGUCGACGAUAUCAAGGAAUCUCUGAAGCAGGAGAUGCCUUAUCUCUUAUUUUACCAAAUAGUGCCCAUGUGCGACGUAACAGCCGCCUCUACUGCAGGAUCCGAGACCGAACCGCCAUCAUACAAUGAUUCUGCCCUAAACGUCACAACGAAUGGAAUGACGACACCUGGCCUUGAUGUCGACAAAGCCGGGCUUUCAAGACCAGCUAGCGGCUACUUUGACUCCCCACUUCUGAGCUCAACGGGCCCCAGCAUUCGAUUUUCUUCAGAACUAGACCGGCCUCCACGGAUAAGUCUCAGCGUUGAGGAUGAUGGCCAGCAAUCUUCUGGUCUGCUCAGCCCCAAUGCCUCCCGGCGUGGCAGCGUGGCCUUCUCAGAACCGAUCGGCCACGCUCAAGCUAGCACACCAGAAAUGGGACCCUCCCCAGCCGUCACGCCAAAUGAAGAAACCACUGCGCAGAGAUUAUCGAGAGCCGCCGCCAAAUUCACCAAGAGCAGGAGCAGACCAACCAGCCAGGCUGGUGAGAAUCGCAUCAGCAUAAGCAUGUCUCGCCUCACGUUCAAUAAGAAGAGCAAGGAUACGCUGCGUGAAGCGGCAGACAGGCUCGAAGACGGUGAAGAGACACCAAUUGCCAUCACCGCACCCGAGCGCCUUUCGACCGACGGCGGCGAGUUCGGCAAGAAAGAAAAAGAUCAUCAUUCCUCUCAUCAUCACCACAAGAAGGCGGGAACAAAAACAAAGACUCGGGGAAGUGACAAGGACGCGGAGAAGUCCAAGGGCAAGGGCCAAGUCCCCGAUCGGGAAUGCAUAGUCAUGUAAUUGGAAAAACAGAAAAAAGCGAGCUCGCCAGGCGUUCAAGGAAGGGGUCGGGAUUGUGUUUUUCAGAUUUUGCUUCGGGAAGCAGCUACAUUUACCAACAGGGAGUCGCGCUUUUGGCAUGCGACAGACACAUCAUUGACGGGGGGUACGUCUCUCGAAGGAAGUAUCACGUGAGAGGCACAGCAUUGCAUUUUGAUACCAGGAGAGCUAUAGUGACCUAUCAACACCACGGGUGGGAAGGGAAAAGGGCAGAAAGCUGGCUGGCUGGGCGGCGGAAGGAGGGUACUUGCUUGGGAAAAGGCGGUUUCUGUUCCGGGACGGGAUUGGGGUUAGGCUUUUGCAUACGUGACCGCAAGACGGCUUUGGGCUCACCAUACAAAAGAGGGUCUUUUUUCUGGCAACGACGGGUUUGGACAGCUCUGCAUAUCGCUCAGAUGGCUGUUGUUCCGUCCUGGGCCGAAAUGUCCCCGGGCAGCCCCUUGGCGCACAUAGACAGACGGCCGGCCAAUCAGACGAACAUUUAACAUUUAUACGGUGAUGAGCGCAUCAUCUCGAUUUGUUCGGCGUGACUACAGUACACGCGGAUAGCAGAUGGU